AAAAGAGGGAAAAAUAAGAUAACUGUGUGAGUACGUUUCGCGUGUGUUGGCUUACUCUGAUUUUUCCUCUGCAAGUCGCUUCUUCGUCUUCCUCGUUCGCUGAUAGGGUUUUGAAUCGGAUCCGAUAAUGGCUUCAAUCUCAGAGAACGUUGUUCCUUCUCAAGAUUCAAUUAAAAGGAAUUUGGAUGCUUUAGAUUUCCCAGGAAUGAAAGAUAUGGUCGAUUUCGAUUCAUCUGAGGAGCUUCGUAGUUCUCUGCCAGCCGCAUGGUUACAGGGGAGAAACUCUGAGUUACCUGCUCUUGAGGAGAUGUUUCAGAAUCUUCGUAACCACAUACUACAGAAUCCUCAAGCGCCUCUGGAGGAGAGUCUCAGGAAACCUGCAGCAUUGGAGCAAGCAUCUGUGCGUGUGGUUCAAAUGAUAAACGAUCCUGAACUUGAACCGAUUCUUGCGGAGUUAGGCGGUCAUGUUCCUACUGCUCACGGUUUUCAGACAGAUCAGGCGAUGGCUUCAUGUUCAGAGAGAACUCUUCCUUGUCCAGAUUCGAGUAAAAUUACCUCGCCUGCCCUUAAAUUCGAUGCUUUGGAUUUCCCAGCCAUGAAGGCUAUGGAAGAUUUCGAGACUUGUGCGAGAGAACUUGGUGAGAAAAUGCGUGAGGAUCCUGCAUAUAUCCUGGAGCUUAGCAGAUGUAAUCCAGCCGCUAAGUUUGAUCAAGAACAGUUGAGCAACAUGGGGCAAAUGUUUCAGCGCCUUGAGGAUCACGCGCGGCAGGAUCCUCGUGCGUCUUUCGAGAAUCUCGGGAAACCUGGAGCACUGGAGGAAUUUGCUGAGCGUGUUGCCCAAAUUAGAAAAGAUCCUGAAGUUGAACCCAUUCUAGCUGAGUUAGACGCUUGUCCUGCUGCUCUCUUGAAGUUUGUGGAUGACAAACAAGUGUUGAAAAAGCUUGGAAAAUCAAUGCUUAGGUCUCAGGUAAAAGACCUCUCUGUUCGUUUGGCAUUAUUGCUCAACGCUUUUAACUCACUACCCUUCCAACAGGGUCUGAACUAUGAUGAUGAUGAUGAAGAACUUGUCUCUGAGGGAAGAAAAGCCCUCAAGAUUGCUUUUGGGUAUGCCAAGAUGAAAUGCUUCAAAGUUCUUCUGGAUGCUGAAAGGAAAAAGGCCAAUAAGGUUGAGAGGAAAAAGAAGACAACAUCUCAUCAUGCUUCUACAAGUGGAAAGACGAAGCGUUCAAGCCGUCUCUCCAACAAGUGUGAUGCUGUCGCACCAAAAACCUCAGAGAGUCAAAUUCCGACCACUGAGCUGGAUAAUACCAGCUCCAGGUGUUGAAGCUGAUUCAGAUGGACCCUUGCGCUUAAGGGAUGGAUCUAGAGUACUAUUACUAGGAUUUGUUAAUUUCAUUUUUUAAACUGCUUUAUAUUUUUCUUAAAAACUUGACAAUCCUAGAAACUUAUUGGUGGUUAUUUCAUCAAGAGGUAGUGGAAUAGUGAGAAGUAUAUCUAACUUUCUUCGACA